UUGGGCGUGGUGGCGGUUCGGAAGCUCCCAGGAGGGGCCUGGGAGCCGGCGACUGGGGAUCGGUCUAUAACCAUUGGACUCAGCGGUGUUCCAAGACUUACUUCCGGUCGAGCCCCGGCGUCGCAGAUUCUUCGGCCCACCAUUUUCUCGUUACCUCUGCUUCUGCUGGUGUGCGCCGUGAUGAUAAUGCUUUGGUCAACAGCCGUCAGGGCGUUAACCCCGACUACUAUUAUGCUCACCCAAUGUGUUUUUUCUGAUGGGCAACUUGAGCCUUGGGCCUUUGAGGCGUCUGAUAGUGGUCGUUGGGUUCGCAAGCUUAUCAACCGACGGUUUGAUGGCUUUGCUGAUGAGAUGGCCAUCCUCCCGGAACCUGUGCUCCCCGUCGGUAAACCAGGCACUAAGAUUCCUUGUGCCGCUUGGCAGAAGGUCUUUGACAAGUGUGUGAAGAGACAUGAGAAUGCAGUAGCUGGCAAGUGCGAGUACCUGAGGUGCAAGUUGUACGAGUGUCGUGCCACACAGAAUUGAGGCCUAUGGUGUUAAGCUGUAGGAGGGACAGCGAUUGAGAAGUCUGUAGCUAAUAGAGUUCUACAGUAGUGAAUUGUGAAUAUGUCACACUCUCUUCUGCCCAAGAUCAUUGAUACUUUUGUUCAAGUAUAGUUACAU